UAAUUCGAGACGUCAACGUAACACACCCACCUCGUAUUGCUCAUAAAACCCAGUGGUCCUUCUUUGCAUCCAUCCCAGAGCUUUUACUGUUCUAUAGGAGACGUUCCGGACUGGCGAAGUUCCCUCAUCUUGACCUUUGAAGUAGCCUUUUUUUGUUACCAUGGCAGCGAAGGGUAAUCGAGGAACAGUGACAGCUGCUGCCAGGUUCCAUCCUGACGAAGACGUGGAGAAGCUGAGAGCGGCCAUGAAAGGGGCUGGCACCGAUGAAGCCUCCAUCAUUGAGAUCCUGGCACAUCGCACCAUUCAUCAGAGGCAGGAAAUCAAAGACCACUUCAAGAGAUCGAUUGGGAAGGACAUAAUGGAUGAUCUGAAGAGUGAGCUGUCAGGGAACUUCAGGAAGGUGGUCGUGGGGUUGAUGAUGACCGCACCUGCUUACGACGCCUAUGAGCUGAGGAAUGCCAUCAAGGGUGCAGGGACAGAUGAGGCAUGUCUCACUGAAAUUCUGGCUUCUAGAAGCAAUGAAGAAAUCAAGGCCUUCACUGAAGCUUACAAGAAAGAAUAUGGCGAGAGCUUGGAGGAUGACAUCUGCGGUGACACUUCCGGAAUGUUCCAGAGAGUUCUGGUGUCACUUCUUACGGCCGGGCGUGACAAGAGUGAUGGGGUUGAUGAGGCUCAAGCUGUGAAGGACGCCAAGGACAUGUUCGAGGCAGGAGAGGCUUGCUGGGGCACAGACGAGGCCAAGUUCCUGUCUGUGCUGUGUGUGAGGAGCAGGAAACAUCUGCUCAGAGUAUUUGAGGAGUACAAGAAGAUCUCUGGACGAGAGAUUGAGGAAAGCAUCAAGAGGGAGAUGUCAGGCAACCUAGAAGACGUCUUUCUGGCAAUUGUCAGCUGCAUCAGAAGCAGACCAACAUUCUUUGCUGAGCGUUUGUACAAGUCCAUGAAGGGUAUGGGUACCAAUGAUGACACCCUGAUCCGAAUCAUGGUGUCUCGGGCUGAAAUUGACAUGGAGGACAUCAAGAAGCAAUUCUUCAAGAAGUAUGGGAAGACCCUGUACUCCUUCAUCAAGUCUGAUGUGUCAGGUGAUUACCGCAAUAUCCUCCUGGAGCUGUGUGGAGCGGAGAAGUAGAGGACCGCAGAGAAGCUCUGAGACCUUCAGGCCCUGCAUCGGUGCUCUCCGCGUCUUCACUCAGCUGUUCCGGGGGCCAUGCAUUUAUACGUUUGAUAAAGUAACCCUUUUCCCCCAAUGUUACGUGACUAAAACCCAAAAUAUAAUCAAAUUGAUUUAACAACA